AUGGACGAUGGAGCAUGCAGCUUCAGCUGUUCUGCGGCGGCUGCCCCGACAGUUGAGGAUUGGGGCACUGCCGUUGAGCAAGCCAAUGCUGCUUACGAAGUCCAGAGGGCAUUCGUGCAGAGCCUGGCAAAAUCUGGCGCUGCCCGAGAAGAAUUGGUGAAGGCGCAUGAUCUUCUAAAGAAGCUCAAGAAGGAGCAUACAGAUCUAGUCAAGGCUGCCAACCGGUCUGUGCCCUCCACAAGCAAACGAGGACUAGCAUCCUAUCCACCACCGAUGUGCAUUCCACGUGACGAGUUGGACUCGCGAUUCAUCGUUACCUUUUCGGUGGAUGAUGCCCAUUCAGCCUGCAAGUUCAUGGCUGAGUAUGGGUUUGUUAUCUUCCGGGACGUUCUUUCCGAUGCAGAGUGCACGCGGACAAGGGAUGAGAUUUGGAGCUAUCUCGAACACAACGUGUCGGGCUUCAAACGUGCAGAGCCAACGACGUGGAGUGUCCUCUCGCACACGGACACCGGCCGAUACUAUGAUGCGUAUGGAUUGCCGCCGGAUCCUGUCAUAAUUUCUCCGCAGAUGCUGUGCAACCGCCAAAGCCGCAAGGUUAUUCGUGCAUUUGAGAUCGUGCUGGGUGAAAGUAUCCUGGUCAGUCAUGAUCGGUGGUGCCUGUAUCGUCCAACGCAAGCUGGCGGAAUUCCAACAAAAAACAACCUCCACCUGGAUCUACAUCCAUGGCGCUAUCUGCAAGGAGAUACCAGGAUUGAGGACUUGCGCUAUCAGCAGGGUCACGACCACGAUUUUUCAUUGGAGAUCCCCAGAGCUCGCGCAGAUGAUGGGCCACAUGUCCAAGGAGUCUUGAAUCUAGUCGAGAACCUGGAGGAAGAUGGAGGCACCCAGCUAGUUCCAGGUUUUCAUAAAAUCUUUGAGAAGUGGCAGAAGGACCUAGGUGAUGAGAGCGAUUGGCAGUUCAAGAGUGGUCAAGCUACAAACUGGUUACAUCCAGGCGAUGGAGGUGCCAGCUUCAAAUUCCACGAGCAGGAUCCUAUCCAUGCGCUUUCCCAUCGGAUACCCAUGAAGCAGGGCAGCCUUCUGCUUUGGGACCAGCGAUGCGUUCACGGAUCUCGUCCGAAUCGGUCUUCGAGGAUUCGAAUGGCACAGUUCAUCAGGGCAUUCAGGCGGUCUCCGUUGAGCCCCGCUCGUGCAAGGGCACGAGCACAAGCGAUCAAGCGAAAGAUUCAGGCUACUGGACUCUUGGACACGGUCUCGGAUGAUGGCUGGAGGGUCUUUGGCUUCGCAGACCUGGACGAGCCAGAAGUGUGA